AAAGUGAGAAAGCACCCCUAUAGAGGAUGAUUACACAGCAACCAUCCUUCCCCCUUCGGAUUCUGGGCAGCCACGCACCGCCCCAAAUCUACCCCGCGUCAGGGACUCGAACAGCUCUGUCGGCCCUGUGGGAUCCAGCCACCUUAACCUCCACGUCACUGGCUGGCCCCAGAAUUCCCUUUAAAACUCGGCUCUGAUCGCGUCACUUUCGGGCCUUGGAUGGAUGCUCAGAGAAUAAAUCAAAAGUGAAGGUACUUAGCCAACAGCAACGCAGUGGAUUCGCACCCAGGGAACCCCGAAACCGGCUCCGCCGCCCGCCCGUGACGUCAGCACGUGGUGCCAGCGGGAGCGCGUCAUCUCGGCGCGCCAGGUUCGGGCGCCUCCGCGGGCCAUGGCAGAGAUGUCUUGAAUGGAACUGUUACUUUUUUACCUUUGGAAGAAGAUGAGGAGGGGAAUUUACAGGUCAAGAUGAAUAAUGUGUAUCGAAUUCAGCUCAGUCAUACCAAAGAAGAAGAAGAAUGGUUCAUAUCUGUUUUAAUUUUCUGUCCAGAGAGAUGGCAUUCAGAUGGAAUUGUGUAUCCUAAGCCCACCUGGCUGGGAGAAGAAUUGCUGGGCAAGCUGGCCAAGUGGUCUGUGGAGAAUAAGAAGAGUGAAUUUAAAAGCACUCUCUCCCUCAUUUCCAUUAUGAAGUACAGCAAGGCUUACCAGGAACUUAAAGAGAAGUACAAAGAAAUGGUGAAGGUAUGGCCUGAAGUGACUGAUCCUGAAAAGUUUGUGUAUGAAGAUGUGGCUAUUGCUACAUACCUCUUGAUUCUAUGGGAAGAAGAAAGAGCCGAGAAGGGAGUAACUGCCAAGCAGUCCUUUGUUGACUUGGGCUGCGGGAAUGGCCUGCUGGUCCACAUCCUGACCAGCGAAGGGCAUCCGGGCAGAGGGAUUGAUGUCCGAAGAAGAAAAAUCUGGGACCUGUAUGGACCACAAACUCAGUUAGAGGAAGAUGCAAUCACCCCCAACGAUGAGACCCUUUUCCCUGAUGUUGAUUGGUUAAUCGGUAACCACUCUGAUGAGCUCACACCAUGGAUACCUGUCAUUGCGGCCAGGUCUUCUUACAAAUGCCGCUUCUUUGUCCUUCCGUGCUGCUUCUUUGACUUCGUGGGAAGAUACCACCGGAGGCAGAGUAGCAGGACUCAGUACCGAGAGUACCUGGAUUUCAUCAGAGAAGUGGGGCUCACCUGUGGCUUUCACGUGGAGGAAGACUGCCUUCGAAUCCCUUCAACCAAGAGAGUCUGUCUUGUUGGGAAAUCCAGAACGUACCAGCCCGCUGCAGAAGUUUCUAUUGAUAAGCAGAGGACUCAGUACAUCCACAGCCGGCGUGGCUGCCCUGUGAGUCCAGCUGGUGGGGAGCCGCCCUCUUCUGCACCCCAGCUUGCUGCCAGCACUGCUGGUCACGGCGACAGUCACAGCACCUUGGGUGAGGCCCAGUCUGUUGAGCACAGAGCAGAAACGCAGGCCCAAGGGCCCUGGCUGCCCGGAUUUCACCCGAGAGGGAAAGCGGAGCCUGUGAGGAAUUGUGCCACUCUCCCUCGAGAUUUUGUGGACCAAGUGGUUUUGCGAGUGGCAAAUUUGCUGUUAGGUGGGAAGCAACUAAACACAAGAAAUGAUCAAAGUGGGAAUGUGAAGACCUGGAAUGCAGGAGAAAGCCUUUCUUUGGCUGAAGUAGCCCGAGAGCUAGACAAGGAGACACUGCAGAGGCUGAAGCGGGAAUGUGGAGGCUUGCAGACGCUGCUCAGAAACAGCCACCAGGUGUUCGAAGUUCUGAAUGGGCGAGUUCACGUUCGUGACUGGAGAGCUGAGACGCCACGGAAGAAAAAGCAGCCAGAUGCAAAACGGAGGUUGUUUUCAGAAGCUUUCAAAACCCGCCUCUGUUGGUUUUUCCUUUACCACCCUGACGGCUGUGCUCUGCCUUCGGAUCGCUGCCCCUUUGCCCACGGGCCCGGGGAGCUGCGGCCAGCCCAGACCCCCAAGAAGAAGAAGCAGGUUCUGUGAGCUGCUCGCCCGUGCAACUCGAGGCCUGACUGGAGAGGCCAGGCGAGGGAGACGCUCUCCAGCUCUCAGCCUUGAGGGCUCAGGCCUGGGUGUGCUCAGAGACCUGCCUUCCUGCUGCCUUCUUCCGGCUCUUCCUGGUGAAAUAUCCACGGUACACAGACCUGCAACCAGAGAGGCUGAGGUUGCUCCUGACUCCCAGAAGGACACCGCACUGGCUUUAAAUGAGCUCACUUUUACAUCAGCACAGCGUCUGUAUUGGAGCCCAUGUCUCAUGGAGGAGAAUGAGGGGCGGGCCCUGCUCAGGCCACUCGGGUGCUGUUCUGGGUGCGGACUCUCCAGUCAGGUCCCAGGCAGGCCGGGGUACUCUAAGAAGGACGGGUACAGCUGCUCCAGGCGGGAGUCACCAAACGGCUAUUUCUAAACAGCUGUAAGGCUUACGGAGUCGAGGCUGUUUUUAGAAUUGUAGAAAACAAGACAAAGCUUGCGUAAUUUCAUCGCCUAGACCACUGUUGGUGGCAUUAAAGACAGCCAUGAGUGAUUGGUGUAUAAGGCUCAAAACGUAAAUAUCACAGAAGGCGACACCUCCUCCCCCUUGUCCUCCAUGAGACCCUCUCAGAAGUAUUGUAGCAGCUCCUUUGAUUUGUCUGGAAAAAAAUCCCAGUGUGUUUCUAUUUAA